GAGCUGUCAUGUUUCCUGUUGUUGCGAAGUGCUUCGACAGUUUCAUCAGCAGCUCUUUCUGUUAGGGGAGGAGUCGUGCACAUGGAGAGCCCACCUCUGUUAAAGUGUAUGUUUGACGAAUGAAAGAAUUGCAAGUAAAAGAAGAUGAACUAUACUCAAUGAAAGGCGUUUCACAGGGCACAUAAAGGACAAGCUAAGUGGGGACCUCCGGAGGCUUAUUAAAGCAUUAAAGUGACCAUGCUGCUGCAAAGGCUUGCACUUUGUUCAAGGACCUCUGUGGAUCUCCAGAGACACGUUUGCCAGUUGCGCACAAGACCACUGACACAAGUGGCCCAAAGAAAAGCUCAUGGCAGCUCUUUUGCACACCGCAGUGAACUACGACAUGCCAAAAGGAUUGUAGUCAAGCUCGGCAGUGCCGUGGUCACCCGUGGUGAUGAAUGCGGUUUGGCUCUGGGGAGGCUGGCCUCCAUUGUGGAGCAGGUGGCCAUGCUGCAGAACCAAGGCAGGGAGAUGAUGAUUGUCACCAGUGGAGCGGUGGCCUUUGGCAAGCAAAGAUUAAGACAUGAGAUCCUGCUGUCCCAGAGUGUCCGACAGGCGCUGCAUUCAGGACACAACCAGCUCAAGGACAUGUCUUUACCGGUGCUGGAAGCCCGAGCCUGUGCGGCAGCAGGACAAAGUGGCCUGAUGGCACUCUAUGAGGCCAUGUUCACCCAAUACAGCACCUGCACUGCACAGGUCCUGGUGACAAACCUGGAUUUCCACGAUGAUGACAAGAGGCAGAACCUGAACAGCACGCUGCAGGAGCUGCUGCGCAUGAACAUUGUGCCCAUCAUCAAUACAAACGAUGCUGUGGUGCCCCCGCCGGAGCCCAACAGCGACCUGCAGGGGGUAAAUGUGAUCAGCAUUAAAGACAACGACAGUCUGGCGGCACGGCUAGCUGUUGAGAUGAAGGCUGACCUGCUCGUCGCACUGUCUGACGUGGAAGGAUUGUACAACAGCCCUCCUGGAACAGACGAUGCAAAGCUUAUUGAUAUCUUCUAUCCUGGAGACCAGCAGUCAAUCACCUAUGGAACAAAGUCCAGAGUUGGGAUUGGAGGUAUGGAAGCCAAGGUCAAGGCUGCUCUCUGGGCUCUGCAAGGUGGCACCUCAGUGGUCAUUGCAAAUGGCACCAACCCCAAAGUGACAGGUCAUGUCAUCACUGAUAUUGUGGAGGGUAAGAAGGUGGGAACCUUCUUCUCUGAGAUCAAACCUGCAGGACCAACUGUUGAGCAGCAGACAGAAAUGGCAAGAAACUCUGGAAGAACGCUGGCAUCUCUGCCCCCAGAGCAGAGGAGUGAGAUAAUCUGCCAACUAGCAGAGCUGCUCACUGAAAGGAAGGAAGAAAUUCUAGCUGCCAACAAGUUGGACAUGGACCUUGCAGUUAAUGCAGGCCAUAUGCCACAAGCCAUGCUAAAGCGUCUAAGCUUGUCACCAUCCAAACUCAACAGCUUGGCCAUAGGUCUGCGUCAGAUCGCAGUGGCCGCCCAGGACAGCGUGGGCCGUGUGCUGCGCAGGACCAGGGUCGCUCACAACCUGGAGCUGGAGCAGAUCACAGUGCCCAUUGGGGUUCUUCUGGUUAUUUUUGAGGCCCGACCUGACUGCCUGCCCCAGGUGUCAGCAUUGGCCAUAGCCAGUGGCAAUGCCCUCCUGUUGAAGGGAGGUAAAGAGGCAGCCAACACCAAUCGUGUCCUCCAUCAGCUCACCCAAGAGGCCCUCUCCAUGCAUGGAGUCACAGAGGCUGUGCAGCUGGUGAGCACACGGGAGGAGGUGGAGGAUCUGUGCCGACUGGACAAGAUGAUCGACUUGAUCAUCCCCCGAGGUUCCUCCCAGCUGGUUCGGGACAUUCAGCGGGCGGCCAAGGGCAUCCCUGUGAUGGGUCACAGCGAGGGAAUCUGCCACGUCUACCUCGAUGCAGAUGCCAGCAUUGACAAAGUCAUUAAAAUUGUCAGGGACUCAAAGUGUGACUACCCAGCUGCAUGUAAUGCCAUGGAAACACUGCUGAUUCACAGGGACAUCCUCCGCACUCCACUGUUUGACCAAAUCAUUGACAUGCUGCGCACUGAGCGGGUGAAGAUUCAUGCCGGCCCUCGGUUCGCCUCAUACCUGACAUUCAGCCCGUCAGAGGCCAAGUCUCUGCGGACAGAGUACGGCGACCUGGAGUGCUGCAUGGAGGUGGUGGACAGCAUGGAGGAGGCUGUGGAUCAUAUUCAUAAGUAUGGCAGCUCCCACACAGAUGUUAUCGUCACAGAAAAUGAGGACACAGCUGAGCAGUUCCUGCAGCAGUUAGACAGCGCCUGUGUUUUCUGGAAUGCAAGCUCACGCUUCGCUGAUGGCUAUCGCUUUGGACUUGGAGCAGAAGUAGGCAUUAGCACGGCUCGUAUCCAUGCUCGGGGCCCUGUUGGCCUGGAGGGGCUGCUCACUACAAAGUGGGUUCUGAGAGGUGAUGGGCACACAGCAGCUGACUUCUCUGAGCAUGGCACAAUGGAGUACCUCCAUGAAAGCCUGCCUGUCGGGCAGCCUCUUGCUGGGCAAAGGGACAGCAACUAGGCCGGAGAAAUACACAAGACUCUCCUGUUCUUAACAUUGUUCAAAAUGGUUUGCAAUACCCAAAAUAAGCCCCUCAAGGGCUUUGUUGUAGGUUGUCGCUCACAUCAGUGUUUUACAUCUCUGAAGCACACGGCAUGGAGAAAGAGGCUCAACACAUGGACGGCCCACUUUAUCAGCACAGCCAGAAAGUCGCCCGAUUCAGACUAAAAUGUCUUUCAUGGACUAUGAGUUUACAAAUGUUUUAAAUCCUACCUCUCUUUAUGAUACUUUUAAAAGUAAGGUGAGUAAAUACCUCUACAAGUGUUCAUCCAUUCAGACUGCUGUGAUUUUCUCAAAGAUGGCAAAAGUGAAAUUGUCAUGUUUCAGGAACGCUGAAGUUGCUUCUUUUUCAGAUUGCAAUCUCAGGAAACUAUUUUGAGACUGAGAAUAAUUUGUAAAACCUUACUUUAUUUAAUCAAUAAAAUCUACACGAGAAAGAAGAACGUGAGAAUGUUCUUAAUCCUCAGUAUUAAAAUGACUCUCCAUAACAAUGACAUUGUGCAAAGCCCUUUAAAAUGUAUAUUGCAGGCAAGUGCACAAUAUUGUACUGAUAGGCCUUUUGUGUUUUUAUCUGAAAGAUGUUAAGUCUUUCAUAUUGUAAACUAUAUUCUAUUAAAACAAUAUCCUGCUUGCAUAUAUACCUGAAGGCCCACAUUAAUUUAAGCGUAUUACCAUCUGUAAGUGCUCUCUGUGUUUAUUCCACAUCAGCUAGUUCUUUUCUCUCCAGUAUAAAAGGUUGCCUCUUACAUGUUUCUAAAUGGACAAAAUUCCAAACAUGGACUUAUAUUGUUACAAUUUGACUUUUUAUUGAAGAAAUCUUUGUUCAAAAACGUCUGGGUUUAUGACAGAUUUUAAAAUGUCCUCUAUUAGAACUUAAAAAAAAACCAUUUCAUAUUUUUAUAGUUUUACAAAAGUUUACAUCAAAGUGUCUCAAACAUACCAGAUUGAUUAUAAAGCAAUACCAGUUGAAACACACUUCAUCUGAUAGUCACCCACUUAUUUACCAUGCUUUAUUUAUUUGAUCAUUCUUACAAGUUGUGUUCUUUUUCCAUGCUCUGCUGCUCUCCUGCUUGUUUCUUGUGGCGCCCAAAGCCUCUGUCAGAGCAGCAACAGUAAUUGACAAGCUGCCUCCUUCAAGCUGGAGGGGAGAGCGCGACUGCUUUUAAAUUAAGCUUUGUAACAUUCCAGCCUCUGAGCUCUCAUCUGAUGUCUUGCAAUGGAACUCAUAGGAUGGGUAUGAGUUGUUUAAUAGCACUACUGUAGAAUAAAAAAAAAUGUUGAAAAAGA